UCCAAGAGCUUCAUGUUGGAAGACUGGAAGGGCAUGAGUGGGUGGGCACAUUUCUCUUAUCCUUUACUAUAAGUAUGGAGACGGACGCGUUCAUGCAGACUAUCCAAGGGAUGAGCACUCGAAAUAUGUCACCGCGGACGGCAAUGAAGUUACACAUGCUCUUCGCCAUGUGCGUCGCCUGGGCGUACCGUGAUGUACCAAAGUACCAGCACCACGACCCGGCCACCUCCGAACCUCUGCUGUGCGACCAGUGUCCACCGGGAACGGCCGUGUCGCGCCACUGCACUGCCAGCGGAGAGCCCACCGUCUGUCAGCCGUGCCCACGGCGGCGCUUUGCCGGACACUGGCACUGGGGUGACAGCUGCCAGCAUUGCACCGCUGUCUGCAAGGAGAGGCAGCUUGUGCGAAGGGAGUGCAACAGCACGCAUGACCGCGUCUGCGAGUGCGAGCCCGGCUACCAUCUGGUGGUGGAGUUCUGCGUCCGACACACGGCCUGCCCACCGGGCUCAGGCGUCUCUGUGCUAGGCACGCCCGACAGCGACACUGUGUGUGAGGAGUGCCGCCCAGGGUUUUUCUCCAGCAUGACCUCCGCCACGGAGCCAUGCCAGCACCACCGCAACUGCUCCCAGCUUGGCCUGAAGACUGCCCGGCCAGGUUCGUCUGCCCAGGACACGGCAUGCGAGGGCGAGUAUGCCUCCGACUGCUCCCCACAGGACACGGACUGUUAUGAUGACAUCACUCUGUGUGAGGAUGCCAUAUUUCAGUUCCUGUUGUCGCCGCUGCUGCCCUGGGCCCCUGUAGAGCGUCUCCUGGACAGCCUGCCCGGCCGCAGAGUGGACUGGAAGAACCUGGAGCACUUGAAGAAGUCAUGCACCCGCCAGCAACAGGUCACGCAGGUGCUGCGACUGUGGAGGGAGCAGAACAAGGACCAGGACAAGCUCUACAGCAUCAUCCAAGGAAUGGACCACUGUGAGCGCAAGGUUUCUCGCUGCACCAGCCUAAAGAACAUGACGCUGUACAACCUGCUGGCCCUGGCGGACAGCCUCCCUGGCGAGAGGGUGAGCGAGGAGGCGGUGCGGGCGCUGACGCUGUCAUGCCCGUCGCAGCGGCACGUGGCACAGCUGCUCCAUCUCUGGAAGAGCCGCAACGAGGGACAGGACCUGGCCAAGGCCCUUGCCCAGUCCCUGCGCGAGCUGCGCUCGCGGGGCGUCCCACGCCCCCUGCUCCGGACCCUGAAGAGGCUGAGCCGGGUCAUCGGUGCCGCCUCCACACACCGCGCCCACGAGAAGAUCUUCGUUGGCUUGCUCCGUGACGACCCGUGCUUCAAAUCCAAACCGUACAACGACUGAACAACGCGAAGGCACGGCCGAAGGAAGGAGUUAUUUAAUUGCAAAAAAUGGAGAUGUAUAUAAUUUUGCUUUUGGGUGAAAAGGGGGACAGGGGAGGUGUAGGGUGGGGUCUGUUUUUGGUGUGCUCAGUAGAGAAGAUGGGAGUAGAAACGUUUGUUUUUUGUGGCUUGUCAUUCAUGUCUCUUGUCGGACUGCUUCCCCACCCCCCCAUGCUGUAAACAAAGGAAUGUCGGAUAUGAAUGUACAGGACAAUGGAGUGCAAUUAUUAUGUUUUAUUUAAGUGUAACGGUGUGUUUCAGGUUCGUGUUUAUCCAAAUUUGCUUAAAGAAUUUUUUUAUUUAUCAAUUUGUCAGGAAACGACUCUGAAGCUGCAUUUACUUAUUUUAAGCAAGUUUUCUAGUGGCAUUUAAAAUGGUUUUGUGGCAUUUUUACAUUUAGUUUAACUUUGCAUUAACAUUUUAUUUCACAAUAACAUGACAGUGACACGCCAACAAAACAAACUUUAAAAAUAUGCUGUAAGUAUGUGGCUAUCUGAAUUUAAUAACUGUGUUGCAGUGCCACAUAUACUUUCAAAUUGCAAGUAAAUAUUGCUACAGCCCUGUUAAAUAUACAUGUGUAUGUGAAUGCUGUCUCGUGUUUCCAUGGUGCACGCAGGCCCACGUCCCGUUCAUUUUUUCUUUUUUUUUGUUAAGGGUUAGCUUUUUUUUCUGAUGCGGCUUUCCCAACAGCAUGGUGAGAGCUCAUAUUUCAAAGAACAGAGGAACUUCCUGUUACUAAAGUUUUCUUGCUGGUCCGUCUUAUGCCUCAUCCAAGGUAUGAUUCUUCUUUUAAUAGUAAUGGACACUGCAUUAAUGACCUAUGUGGUUGCAUUGCCAGUGGUUCCUAUGAAGCAAUGAAGUUAGGAAACUGAAAGAGCUGAUGAAGGACCUCUGUCUGAAAUGUCCUGUUUCUCUGGAACCCUUUUUUACAACAGUACAGUAAC